GACCCAACCUACCAGUUGCACUCUACAGGCGGCCAAGUCAAGUCACAGCUCAUGGAACCUCUAUUGCUACUCAUCCUCUCGUGUAACUCAACAAAAUUGAAGUACCUUUUGCCGUUGACGAUGAGAAAGUAAAGAACCAAGUGAAAGAAUCAUAUAAUUCCAACACAAAAGCAACUUCUCGAUAUGAAGAUUACCAUCUUGGUAUUAACGUGUGUCUUGGCUGCUAUUGUCUUGGAACCUGUCUUGGGCACUCGGGAAGAUGGAGAGUCUGGAGGGGCAGUGUCAUCAACGGUUCCACUGGUCGAGGUCGACCUCCUUAAAUCCUUAAAUAAUGACAAAGUAGGGAAUUCUAGCUCUGCUCGCCUGCCAAAGACCUUGUUCCCUGUUCACUACACCAUCAGACUACAGCCCUUCAUCAAUGGAAAUUUCAGCAUCCAUGGCAGCAUUGACAUUCGACUCAAGGUCCAAAAUGCUACAGAUAAAGUGGUGCUCAAUAUGGCCGACAUUGUUACCAGGAAUGAAUCCGUCACGGUUGUUGGUGAUGCCGCUCGUGACGAAGGGGUGAAGGUGGUGAGGCAGACCUUCGACCCGUUACUCCAGCUGUACACGGCCCACUUAGAGCGGGAGUUGGUGCCCUCGAGUACUUACACCUUCCACAUGGAGUUUGAAGGUCACCUUAAUGACAAGCUGGUUGGAUUCUAUCGCUCGGUCUACACUGAUGCUCAGGGCACUAACAGGCUUUUAGCUGCGUCACAGUUCUCGCCGACGGACGCGCGGAGAGCCUUCCCCAGCUUUGACGAGCCUAGCUUCAAGGCCACCUUCGAUAUCCACCUGGCCAGGCAGCGCAACAUGACCGCUCUCUCCAAUAUGCCGCUCAUAGUCUCCCAGCCCAUCGAGGGUGAGGAGGGCUGGGUGUGGGACACCUUCAACACCACGCUGCCGAUGUCGACGUAUCUGGUCGGCUUCCUCAUCAGUGACUUCUCAUACCUCGCCUCAUCAACGCUCAACCACACCCUCUUUAAAGUAUGGACUCGGAAGGAUGCCCUAGAUCAGGCUACAUAUGUCCGCGACACGGCUCCUGCAAUCCUCACCUAUCUGGAGGAUUACUUCAGUAUUCCCUUCCCUCUUCCCAAGCUCGACAUGUCUAGUGUACCAGACUUCAAAUUUAGCGGCAUGGAGAACUGGGGACUCAUUUUGUACAGGGAAACAGCUCUAUUGUAUGAUCCCUUGAAGAGCUCUGUGGACAACAAGCAGUCUCUGGGCUACGUCUUGGCCCACGAGAUAGCUCACCAGUGGUUCGGAAACCUGGUCACCCCUGCGUGGUGGUCAGAUCUCUGGCUCAAGGAAGGCUUUGCUACCUUCAUGGGCUAUGUUGGCCUCAAUGCUGCUGAGCCUACAUGGGGGUUGAUGGACCAGUUCGUGACUGAUAGCCUGUACACAGCCUUGAAACUGGACAGUCUGCAGUCCUCCCAUCCCAUCAGUGUACCAGUCAACCAUCCAGACGAGAUCAGUCAGAUAUUUGAUGCCAUAUCUUACAAGAAAGGAGCUUCUAUUAUAAGAAUGAUGCAACACUUCUUAUCAGAGCGCACCUUCAGGAAGGGAGUCACCAGCUACCUUAAUGCCUUCCAGUUGAGCAAUGCAGAGCAGGACGACCUUUGGCUGCACCUGACGCAGGCCGCCCACGAGGACGGAAGUCUUCCCGAGGAUCUGUCCGUCAAAGCCAUCAUGGACAGCUGGACCCUACAGGCAGGAUACCCCGUCAUCACCGUGGUCAGGAACGACACGUGUGCCACCCUCACACAGGAGUUGUUCUAUCUUGGAGAGACGAACACCAGCAGUCAACCAGGCUGGUGGGUGCCAGUCUCCUACACCACCCAGGUCAAGCCGGACUUCCAACACACGCAGCCCCAACUCUGGAUGACUCAGGAUAGAAAACCUGUAGCAAUACCAGGACUUCCGAACUUGACACACUGGAUCCUGGUUAACAUCCAAGAGAGCGGCUACUACCGAGUAAAUUAUGACAGCCUCACCUGGCAACUGCUGACGGCGCAGCUGGCCAGCAACCACACCAUCAUACACCUGGCCAACAGAGCCCAGUUACUGGACGAUGCUCUCACUCUGGCUCAAGCUGGUCUUCUCGACUACUCCACGGCGCUGACGGCGACCUCGUAUUUAGAGAAGGAGGAAGACUUGGUUCCCUGGCAAGCUGCUUUCCUCUCAUUCAAUUACCUCAUUGACAUGUUUGAACGUACUGCAGGAUAUGGCGUGCUCAGGGAAUAUAUGAGAACGUUGUUGGUGCCGCUGUAUGACUCCGUCGGGUUCGAGGAGGACCCGAGUGACUCUCACGUGAAGCAGUUUAAGAGGAUGCUGGCCCUGCGGUACGCCUGCAGGCUCCAGCAUCAGCCAUGUGUUGACAAUGCCACGCGCCUCUACGCUGCCUGGAUGCUCUCCUCCGCUAAUGAAAGCGUGGUGCCUGCCAACGCCCAGAAGACGGUAAUGUGUACGGGCAUCAGUGGAGGCGGGGAGGCGGCGUGGGCGGCCGCCUGGACCCGCUACACCGGGUCAAAUGUGGGCUCGGAGCGCGUCGUGCUCCUGUCCGCCAUGGGCUGUACCAAGGAGAUAUGGCUCCUGGCAAGGUACCUGACGAUGGCGUUUACUAGUGAGAGCGGGGUGAGGAAGCAGGAUGCCUCGCUGGUGUUCACAGCGGUGGCCGGGAACCCCGUGGGCGUCGACCUGGCCUGGAACUACCUUCAGGAACACUGGCCACACAUACUCCAAUACUUGGGUCCCGGCUCGCCCCACCUCUCCAGGAUGAUCAAAGCUGUCACUCAAGGCUUCAACACCCGCCUGCAGGUGCAGCAGCUGGAAAAGUUCAAAUCUGACAAUGCAAAUCAACUGGGGUCAACUACCCGAGCUCUUGACCAGUCAUUAGAGUCUGCCAAGCUUAACGUGGCCUGGAUGAAGAAGAAUUACGACUCCAUCUUGGCUUGGCUCAAUGGCAGAGGCUAUGAUCACACGCUGAAGGCCUGAUGUAUUACACCAAAAGAUUUAGCCCCCAAAUAAUUUGAUCUAUUUAUUUAUAUACAGUACAUUGGUGUGUGUAUAUUUUGAAUGGAAUAUAUUAACUUUGUAAAUGUGUUUGUAUAUGUAAUUUUGCUAAUGCGCACGUAGUUACGUGGUUUGCAGUGUUGUUAGCCCUGUGGCCCUCAACCGUUCCUGAUACGUGAGUUGACAUGGCUCUGAAAUUAUUUUUUGUUGCCCGGUGUUGCACUUUCUCCAGAGCAGCUAUGUUAUUCUGAA